AUGUCAUCGGAGAAGAAGAUCUCCAAGGAAGGCGGAGACAAAAAAAAGAAGAAAAUAAAAAAGAGUACGAAAACUUACAAGAUUUACAUAUUCAAGGUCUUGGAACAUGUUCAUCAUGAUAUCGGGAUCUCAAGCAAAGCCAUGGAAAUCAUGAACAGUUUCAUAAACGAUAUAUUCGAAAAAUUGGCUCAGGAGGCUUCCAUAUUAGCUAGGUAUAAUAAGAAGUCGACGAUUACGUCAAGAGAAAUCCAAACGGCAGUGAGAUUAGUUUUACUUGGGGAAUUGGCUAAACUCGCCGUCUCUGAAGGUACUAAGGCGGUUACCAAAUUUACCGGUUCUUAG